AUGGCUUCCCUAAACGAAGAUACUGUUGCGGCCUUGAGCUCCAUCCUCAGAACACUUGCGACGAGCAACAAUGCCGAAUCUUCAAAACUUAAUGGCCCGGUCAUUCUUCCGGGACCAACGUCAUCUGCAAAGCGUCAGUUGGAGAUCGAAAUAUCGUCUCUCGCCGGCAGAGUGAUCAGACUAGAGCAGAAGGCCAAUGUGAUAAACCACCAUACUCUACCAGUCACUCCGAGCGAACUGGGUGCGCCAUCGCCGUUUGCCGAUGUCCUUACUGGUGGUCAGAAAAAGCACGCCAAUUCGAGGAACAACGGAUCGAAUUCGAUACUUGGGUCACCUUCAGAAGAACGGCCACAAAAGGUAGCCAAGGUCGGCGAUGAGUCCCUCCCAGAAGCCGCCUUUGAAAAGGUGCUCGACCAAGCCGCGCAAAUUCAGCAAUCGAAGCAGGAAUGCGAGAUGCUCAGGCAGUCUCUUGUCGAUAUACAAAGUCAACAUAAGGAGAAAAAUAGGGAAGAGGUAAUGCGAGUCGAGACUCUGGAACGGGAGUUGAAGAAGCAUCAACAAGCCAAUGAGGCCUUCCAGAAGGCUCUAAGGGAAAUUGGAGAAAUUGUUACUGCCGUUGCGAAGGGUGACUUGAGCAAGAAGGUUUUGAUUCAUGCUAAGGAACUUGAUCCGGAAAUCAGCAAAUUCAAAAAGGUCAUCAAUACUAUGAUGGAUCAGCUGCAGACAUUCUCUAGUGAAGUUUCCCGAGUCGCAAGAGAAGUCGGCACAGAAGGUAUUCUAGGCGUCAAUGUCAUGGCUCAAAAUCUGACCGACCAGGUCCGAGAAAUCGCUUCGGUCACAACCGCUGUUGCACAUGGAGAUUUGACGCAAAAGAUUGAGAGACCAGCGCAAGGUGAGAUCUUGCAAUUACAACAGACGAUAAACACCAUGGUGGAUCAAUUAAGAACAUUUGCUUCUGAGGUCACUCGAGUAGCGCGAGACGUCGGAACUGAGGGUAUUCUUGGUGGACAGGCUGAAAUCGAGGGCGUGAAGGGGAUGUGGAAUACAUUGACCGUCAACGUGAACGCGAUGGCCAACAACCUGACAACUCAAGUACGAGAUAUUGCUAUGGUUACUACAGCUGUGGCCAAGGGAGAUUUGACACAGAAGGUCCAAGCCGAAUGUAAGGGUGAAAUUGCGCAACUCAAAGACACUAUCAAUUCGAUGGUGGACCAGCUUCAGCAGUUCGCCCGGGAGGUCACGAAGAUUGCACGAGAAGUCGGUACCGAGGGUAGACUUGGUGGUCAAGCAACAGUCCACGACGUAGAAGGCACAUGGAGGGACCUCACAGAAAAUGUCAAUGGAAUGGCCAUGAACCUUACAACUCAAGUGCGAGAAAUUGCCAAGGUCACAACUGCGGUCGCUAAAGGUGAUUUGACGAAAAAAAUCGGUGUUGAGGUACAAGGAGAAAUUGCUUCCUUAAAAGAUACCAUCAACACUAUGGUGGACAGACUCGGCACUUUCGCAUUCGAAGUCAGCAAGGUUGCUCGAGAAGUCGGUACUGACGGUACAUUGGGAGGCCAAGCUCGUGUUGAGAACGUCGAAGGCAAAUGGAAGGAUCUUACAGAAAAUGUCAACACUAUGGCAAGCAACUUGACAUCGCAGGUCCGAGGAAUUUCCACAGUUACACAAGCCAUUGCGAAUGGUGACAUGAGUCAAAAGAUCGACGUAGAAGCUGCUGGAGAAAUACUCAUCUUAAAGGAGACAAUCAACAAUAUGGUUGACCGUUUGAGUAUUUUCUCCAACGAAGUACAGCGAGUUGCGAAGGAUGUCGGUGUAGAUGGAAAGAUGGGCGGGCAAGCCGAUGUUGCCGGAAUUGGUGGAAGAUGGAAGGAAAUCACCACAGAUGUUAACACUAUGGCCAUGAACUUGACGGCACAGGUCCGAGCUUUCGGAGACAUCACGAACGCUGCGACUGAUGGAGACUUCACUAAACUGAUUACUGUUGAGGCAUCCGGUGAAAUGGAUGAGCUGAAACGUAAGAUCAAUCAGAUGGUGUUCAACCUGCGCGAUUCGAUCCAGAGGAAUACUGCUGCUAGGGAGGCUGCCGAACUUGCCAACAGAACCAAAUCCGAAUUCCUGGCCAACAUGUCUCAUGAGAUUCGAACGCCAAUGAACGGUAUUAUCGGAAUGACUCAGCUCACACUGGACACCGACUUAACCCAAUACCAGCGCGAGAUGUUGAACAUUGUUCAUAACCUGGCGAACAGUCUGUUGACUAUUAUCGACGACAUUCUCGAUUUGUCGAAGAUUGAGGCGAACAGAAUGAUCAUGGAAGAAAUUCCGUACACCGUACGAGGCACGGUCUUCAAUGCCCUCAAAACACUCGCUGUCAAGGCGAACGAGAAGUCGCUCGAUCUUACAUAUCGUGUUGACAGCUCGGUACCGGAUCACGUAGUGGGAGAUUCUUUCCGCCUGAGACAAGUCAUUCUGAACCUCGUUGGAAAUGCCAUCAAGUUUACAGAGCACGGAGAAGUAUCUCUGACAAUUCGCAAGGCCGCUCAAGACCAUUGCGCGCCGAACGAGUAUGCUAUCGAAUUUUCCGUUUCUGACACUGGUAUCGGAAUUCAAGCCGACAAGCUUGACCUAAUUUUCGAUACUUUCCAGCAGGCCGAUGGGUCAAUGACCAGAAAGUUCGGAGGUACUGGUCUAGGUCUGUCUAUUUCAAAGCGACUUGUCAAUCUUAUGCGAGGAGACGUAUGGGUCAAGAGUCAGUACGGCAAAGGAAGUUCCUUCUUCUUCACCUGUACGGUCCGCUUGGCCACUUCAGAUAUUGGUUUCAUCAAGAAGAGCCUCGCUCCUUAUCAAGGUCAUAAUGUUCUAUUCAUUGACAAAGGACAGACUGGGCAUGGAAAGGAGAUCGUUGGCAUGCUUUCCCAAAUUGGUCUUGUCCCAAUGGUAGUGGAUAGCGAGAGGCACUCCAACCUAUCCAACGGCACCACGAAAGCUGCAGCAACCUAUGAUGUGAUCAUUGUCGACUCGAUUUCCACAGCAAGGGGUUUGAGACAAAUUGAUGAAUUCAAAUACAUCCCGAUCGUUCUCUUGGCACCUGUUGUCCACGUCAGUCUCAAGUCAGCCUUGGAUCUUGGUAUCACAUCUUACAUGACAACACCAUGUCUGACCAUUGAUCUUGGAAAUGGCAUGAUUCCAGCCUUGGAGAAUCGAGCUGCACCUUCAUUGGCCGAUAACACGAAAUCUUUUGAUAUUCUUUUGGCUGAAGAUAACAUGGUCAAUCAACGCUUGGCAGUUAAGAUUUUGGAAAAAUACCACCACGUCGUUACUGUCGUUGGAAACGGAUUGGAAGCCCUCGAAGCAAUCAAGAUAAAGAAAUACGACGUCAUCCUCAUGGAUGUACAAAUGCCAAUCAUGGGAGGGUUCGAAGCUACCGCCAAGAUCCGAGAAUAUGAGCGAAGUCUAGGCACGCACCGUACACCAAUUAUCGCCCUGACAGCUCACGCAAUGUUGGGAGACAGAGAGAAGUGUAUCCAAGCCCAGAUGGACGAGUAUCUUUCCAAACCACUCAAGCAGAAUCACCUGAUCCAGACGAUCUUGAAGUGUGCGACACUUGGUGGAGCGUUGUUAGAAAAAGGCAGAGAAAUUCGACAGUCUCCUAACGGCGAACAUCCUCAAGCUCUCAAUACUAAUGGUGGGGUCUCUCCUACACCAUCAUCGGACUCGCAUCUCCGCCCGCCACUUGAACCUCGUGCCUUCACGACAUCUGGUCCGGUCAUUGCAGGUUCGGUGGAGAGUCCAGCAAUUGUAACUGAAGAUCAAGAAGAUCCACUGGCCAGGCUCCUGAUGCGAGCUCAUAGUUCAUAA